AUGGAAGGGAAGGGGUUUUCUGGCUUAUACAAGACUUCAAGUGAGGAGCUUUUCCUGAAAACAGUGAUGGAAAGCCCUAUUGGAAUGCCAGUACCAACCAUGGAUAUGCUGAGUUUCAAGGCUGUUUCUCAAAGCUUUCACACAGAUAGUGAGGAGCUCUUCAAACGCUGGCUAACAAACGAAGAGGGAUAUAACUCAUCAAGCAAAGGACCUACUAGUCGAUUAUCACAGAGGGUGUCCUCUGAACCAUCUAAUCUGUCUAAUCAGCAAAAUGUCUGUGUAGUUUCUGAGGAAAGAAGCAAUGACAAAUUAUAUAUGCAAAAUAACCCUUUGCCUAGUGAUUUUUCAGCUGAUUUCAAUCAAUUUCCUAUCAGAGAUCCUUUGGAUAGAGAACUGCAAUCAAGUAACUUGUUUCUUGCCAAGGCCUGGUUUCUAAGCGAUCAACGAAUGACAAGAAGCCGAUCCUCUGAAUUGCGGCGGAGAUAUGCUGAACUCCAAAAUGUUCAAGCAACACAAGGUAUAGAGUCCAUGAGCAUGGUGACCCCUCAAAAUGGUGUUGACAUUAUAAAGCAAGAAGUUUCAAAUUCAAAUGGUUUUGAUUUUCCUUUUAUGUGUGAGCUUCCAUAUCAAAAUGGUGCAUUCGUGUCUCAAUCCAACACAUCUUCAUCUACCUUCAACACACAUCAAUUGGGUGAUACAGAUAAAGUUUCAUCUUGUGUAAGUAUGCUAAAAGGUACAUUAGAACUUAAGCAACUCAGCAGCCAGGUAGAAAAACAAGAUCUUGAAGAUAGAUCAAGCGAACCUUUUUGUCCUCAAGAUGCUUUCUUCAAAACUGGUUUUAGUGAAGGACACGAAAACUGGAGUCAUCAAAUGCUAACAAAUGUUCAAGGAGCUUCUACUGAUCAAGUUGAGGAUCAUGGAGUCAUGCAAACACUUGAAGCAUCCAUAAACCUUGACUUGGAUGGUUUAGCAAAUCAGACAAAUGCAAUAUACUUGGGAACAGCUUCUCAGGAACCUUCUCGAAGCGAAUCUUCUGCCCUUGUGCCAGUAGUCUCCUCUGGUUUAGAUGGAUGUGAGGGUCCAAGCCAUUCAAGUCAAACUCUUUGUGAAAACUCAUGGAAACAAGUGGGAGUGAGUAAAAGUUCAGAAAAUAGAGUUAAAGGUUUCAGAGAACAGAUGAUGGAUAAUAUGAAAGAUGACAUGAAGAGAAGUCUAGAAAGAUAUGGAUCUGUGACAUCAGCUUUUUCAGAGGACAAGGAGGAUGUCACAAAAAAGCGUAGGGUGGAGCGGUCACGAAAAAUGGCUGAGGCAAAGGAAAGGAAUUUGACACCACCCGCUCCCUCUGAUAAGCAAACUAUGUUGAAGCAAUGUGAAAACCUUGAGAAGGAAGUUCGAUCCCUAAAACUUAACUUAUCCUUCAUGAAUAGGAAGGAUUCAGAACAAACAAAGCAGAUAGAGGACCUUCAGAAGCAAAAUAAAGAUUUGGCAGAUGAAAAAGAACGCCUCCUUGAAGAGAUUGAAAGAAUUAUAUCCGAAACUGGAAAGGUCUAAUGUUCUCUCUCCCUACGUCGACUGUACUAUUGAUCAUUGAUCUUCUAUCCUUCACGU